AUGGAAUGUUCCCGCUUCUUCGACUGCCCUACACAUGUAGUCGAGAGGCAGCUCUCUGACGACGAGGCCAACGACAGUGAGGCUGAGGAGGAGCCUGCAGUGCAGUAUCAGACGGGCGACGAUAGGGCCGAAAGUUCAUCAAGCGCGAGGCUACACACUGUCGAUUCUCCCGUGCCUGAAGAUACUCCGGAGCCGGCCCCAGCACCAAGCUUUACGCCCGGGCCCGAGGAGACGAAUAUGGAGCGACAAACAGAACCAGUAGAUUCAGCACAGGCAACCUCAGCACGGGAUACUGGAGGGCCUGAUGAGUCUCAGGAUCCCGAGGAAGCCGCACCGGCACCACCAACCCCUUUGAGUUCUCGACUUUCAGAGACUUCUCAACCUCUCCCCCCGACUGCAACACCUGCAACGCCAACAGGAGAGUUUGUCCCACCGGAAAGAUCUUCGAGCUUGGUCACAUCGCAAGCGGCAAACGCAUCGUCGCACGACUUACCUCUGCGUCCAGCUCUACUAUCCAGUCGAUCUCACGAUACGCCGCCUCCGCCACCUAGACGGGCAAGUUCCUCGACUGCUAUUCAGCCUCCUUUGCGCAGCCAACGAGUGUCUGAAGAGAGAAGCGGCCCUCCCGAGUUCGUCGUUCCACGGUGGCAACCAGACGCAGAGGUCGUUCUUUGUCCGAUUUGCAACGUACAAUUUAGCAUAUUUGUUAGGAAACAUCACUGCAGGAAAUGUGGAAGAGUCGUUUGUAACGCAUGCUCGCCUCAUAGGAUCACUAUUCCCUACCAGUACAUUGUUCAAGCGCCAGGACAACCGCGACUGGCGGCCCAGAGAUACCCAUCUUCCCUCAUCAGUGGUGAGGGAGGAUAUGCAGAUUUCAGCAGCCUUGGUGGAGGAGAGCGCGUCCGUUUAUGCAACCCAUGCGUCCCAGACCCAAACACCACACCGCCGCAGCAGCCACUUGGCUCGCCUUCCCAAUUGUCUCCACGAGGAUCGCAUUAUAGAUCGCAAAGCAGCAUUAGCACAAUGUCCAGCAACGCGCCCCCGCCCUCGCGCUUUUCCGGCUACUUCACGUCGAGCCCCUCCCCGGAGACCUAUGCAAGGUCUAGAAGCAUUACGCACUCCGGCUCCGGCGGUCCCUCGAGCUCUCGCGGACACUACCAGUCCACUGGAAGUCGGAUCAUGGCAGGGACUCCGCCGACGUACUACCCGUCCUCCUCAUCCGGCUACCCAGGCUCAUCCCGCUAUCGAUCUAUGCUGGACGUUGGUCCCUCGUCAUCCUCAUCGUCUCACUACAACCGUGCAUUGCCGCCGCCGCCGCCCCAAAUAGCUGAGGAAGACGAGUGCCCGGUCUGCCAUCGCGAGCUGCCCUCUCGCACCCUCCCCAACUUUGAGCAGCUGCGAGAGACGCACAUCAACACCUGCAUCACUUCACACAGCGCUUACGGCGGUACACCGACAGGAGAGACUCCUCCAGUCGGAACGCCGCCUCCCUUGGCGGUUCGCCGGACUGGUAUGUUCCCUUAUGUCGCCACAGAAAAGGACUGUGUCGACUCGGCCGAGUGCACCAUUUGCCUCGAGGAAUUCGAGCAUGAUAGUUUUGGCUAUUGA